GCAAAGAAAUAAAAUCAGCAUUCUUUUUGUAGAGGCCUUGCAACGUGAAAAAAGUUAGGGAUCCGCCAUUGUCGUAGAAAGAGUUCUCCAUCCGGAUGGUGCUUACAAAUUUCGAUGGAACUGGAAUUGGAUUCGGUUUUGGAGUCGGCUGUGGUUUUGGCGUCGGAUGGGGUUUCGGAGGUAUGCCUUUGAAUUUCCUAGGUCUUGGUGCAGGUGGAGGCUGUGGAGUUGGGGUGGGGCUCGGAUGGGGAUUUGGCACAGGAGUUGGUAGCAAGUACCGAUCUUCAAGAGUUGUUUUUCAGGGAGUUGAUUUCAAUAAGAAAAGUGAAACCGAAGGUACUACACAGUCAUCUUGAUUCUUGACACCUUGGGAUUUGUAGAAGAAAUUUCUGUUUGAGAAUUGACACCUCAAUCAUGUGUCACCUUGUAUCCAAUUUGUAAGAGUAAAUGAAUAGAAACUUCGAGUUAAUCCAUCAUUUGUCCAAGUUCUUGUAAAAUCUCCAUGUUGUUGUGGUUAUUGAUAUGUUCCAAAUGAAUUGCUAUA